GCCGGCGCGGGGUGCACAGUGGGAGAUCCUGCGCGCCUGCAGUGGACGGGACUUGGUGGACGGUGGACACGGGUGGACGCCCGGUGGCAUGGAUCGUGCCGCCGGUGACAGCCUGCUCUGCUGCGAGAACGGCGCGCUGGGCGCCGAGCGGCAGUGCAGGGCCUAUCGGGACAGGGCGCUGAUCGGCGACCACCGGGUGCUCGCCAACCUGCUGCUGGCCGAGGGCCGCUACCUGCCCGCCUGCUCGGCCUUCAAGUGCGUGCAGGGCGAGAUCAAGCUGCCCAUGCGCCGCGUGCUCGCCUACUGGAUGGUGGAGGUAUGCGAAGAGCACAGCUGCCAUGACGACGUCUUCCCACUGGCAAUGAACAUGUUGGACCGCUAUCUGAGUGUGACGCCGGUGAAGAAGGACCAACUGCAGCUGCUGGGGGCCGUCUGCCUCUUCAUCAGCUCCAAGCUGCGUGAGACCCGCCCGCUCACGGCCGGCCUGCUGGUGCAGUGCGCCGACUGCAGCUUCGCCGUCCAGGACAUCACGGACUGGGAGCUGCUGGUCCUGCACCGCCUGGGCUGGGAGGUGAGCGUCGUCACGCCACACGACUUCCUGGAGCCUCUGCUGCAGCGGCUGCCCCUGCAACGGUACCUGAGUCCGACGGCCGAGCUCGAUAUCAGGCGACAGGCUCAGACCUUCGUCAUCAUGUGCUCCACAGAGCACCAGUUCACCCAGUACACGGCCAGCGCGGUGGCGUCUGCUAGCAUCGCGGCGGCGGUAGCGUGGCGCGGCGCGCGAGGACCUGUCCGCCGCCGCCGUCAUCACUGACUGCCUGCAGCGGCUGCACGAGGCCACCGACGUGGAGACGGAGCAGCUGCAGCGCUGCCUGGACGACAUUCAGGAGGCCAUACGCUCCUUCGCCGAAGAGCAGGCCGGCCGGCCGGAGCGGAGCCGGCCGACCGGCCUGCCACCUGGCGACCUGGCGGCGGACUACAGCGACGCCGGCACCCCUACGGAUGUGCGCGAGGUGCACUUCUGAACGGGGGCGAUGCCACGGGUCGCCGCGUGUCCGCCGCUGGUGAUUGGCGCCCCGCUUGGCCUUGUUGUCGUUAUCUUGCUGCAGGUGACUCAAAGAGCUCUGUUUUCCGUGGCCUCCGCCACUUUUAACGCACGCUGUUGGAGCAGUGGCGGAGGUCGUUUCGUUCCUAGCCUUUUUCCGUGGCUUCAGGCUUCAGGGAUCGGGUUCAGCAUGUCAGCGGGUUCUAUGUAUUUAACUCCACUGCCAGGGCGCCGUGUUUACCGAAAGCGUGCCCUGUUGGCGAUAUGCCUCAAUGAACUGGUCAUGGCUGCGGCUGUCGGUUGGGUCGCCACCCUUUGCUACUUCGUUACGCCUUGGUCCGCCCAGCAGCUUGUACAUAAUGUGAUACGCGAGGUUUUGGCCCCAACCAUGCCCAGCUGUAGUGUGAUAGACGGGCGGGGCGUGCUACCAGUCGCAGAACUCCCGAGUACAAAAUUCGCCAUCGGCAACGAAACUUCACCCGGGAUAUUUGCGCGCCGCCACCGUGGGGUCCAAUCGGUCCAGUCCGGGCUCCACGUGCGGACGCUCGGCGACCGCCAGGCCUCCUCUGGCGCGGCCCUCCCGCCGACCUCGCUGGGAUGGAGGAGUCGCCGAGCUCCGCGGCCGGGGCGGCCGACACGAUGCGCUCUGUGGUAGUCGGCUGUGCUCACCCUCGCGAGGGCAAGCGAAGCGCCCGCCGCUGGCCGGCACCGGUGCAGGCCGCGGUGGCCGCCAGCGCGGCUGUGCCGCUGGCGCUCAGCGACGCUGGCGGUGUGUCCGCGAAACCAGGGUUCGGGCAGGGAAAGCCAAGAAGGACGCGCAGCGGACCAGACACCGGCGGACCCGGGUGGUCCGCAGACCGCCCAUCGGAUGGUCCGGAGACCGCCCGGUGUGGGUGGUCCCUACUUCGGACCGUGUCGCUGACCCGUGUCCGCUGAGGGCUUGCUCGUCCGAGCUUGUUCUGUUCUGCCUCAGGAAAAGGUGCCGCAGUGCUGUAGAGAGAGACAGAGACGGACGGUGCACUCCGCCGCUGUAGGGUCGCCCCGCUGGUGGACGGAGUGACCUAAACGGGUGGCACUGUACCGGGUUCAGAACGCGUCAGGAGGUGCCAAUGUGGACCUCCUGCAACAUAAUACUGUAUAUAGGAUAGAGGCCGCCGUGUCGGCGAUGUGUCUGCUUGUGGCAAACUGACUUCUGUUCCGAUGCGUUAUAUGCUGUGUAUGCGUGUUGGGUUGGGGGGAGGGGUGGAAGUCGUAUAUGCCCGUUGCUCCCCCUGUGCGUCACCCAGUGUACUAUGCUUGCUGCUGCCAGCUGCGGGCUAUCGACUCACGUCAUUUGUGGGUGUCGGUGCGCAGAACGAAGUCGUUGAAUCACUGGAUUCGGCGGAGAAAGGCACGCCAGUCGAUGAACAGAGCGGCAACACCUUUGUUUCAGUUCCGAAGAACAGUGCCAUAGAGGUUUGUUUCAGUUGAAUAGGUAGGCUGGUUGCAUGGCAUAUUACGCUUAAUACCUGUACCUCAACUGUGUUUUGAA